CGGCAGCGGCUGGAUUAGGGCAGGGCCGGGGCAGCGCGGCCGGAGCGAGGGCGGGGAGCCGGGGCCGGAGCGGGAGCCGGAGCCGGGGCUUGGAGACGCAGUCGCGGCCGGAGCGGGGCGCGCCGAGUGUCGGGAGACGAGCGGCGGCCCAGGUGUGUCCACAGAUUUUGAGCAUCUGAAGCGGACCUCUAACUUAAGCACUCCCUGCUGCUCCCUCACCCUUUGGAAAGAUGUCUGUCACUUACGAUGAUUCCGUUGGAGUCGAAGUGUCCAGCGACAGCUUCUGGGAGGUCGGGAACUACAAGCGGACCGUGCGGCGGAUCGACGACGGCCACCGCCUGUGCACAGACCUCAUGAACUGCCUGCACGAGCGGGCGCGCAUUGAGAAGGCGUACGCGCAGCAGCUCACCGAGUGGGCCCGGCGCUGGAGGCAGCUUGUGGACAAGGGGCCCCAGUACGGGACAGUGGAGAAGGCCUGGGUGGCCGUCAUGGCCGAGGCGGAGAAGGUUAGCGAGCUGCACCUGGAGGUGAAGGCCUCGCUGAUGAACGAGGACUUCGAGAAGAUCAAGAACUGGCAGAAGGACGCCUUCCACAAACAGAUGAUGGGCGGCUUCAAGGAGACCAAGGAGGCUGAGGACGGCUUUCGGAAGGCGCAGAAGCCCUGGGCCAAGAAACUGAAAGAGGUAGAAGCAGCAAAGAAGGCCUACCAUGCAGCAUGCAAGGAGGAGAAGCUGGCGAUAUCCCGCGAGAACAACAGCAGAGCCGACCCGUCCCUCAACCCUGAGCAGCUUAAGAAACUGCAAGACAGAGUAGAGAAGUGCAAGCAGGAUGUUCUUAAGAGCAAAGAGAAGUACGAGAAGUCCCUGAAGGAGCUGGGCCAGGGUACGCCGCAGUACAUGGAGAGCAUGGAGCAGGUGUUCGAGCAGUGCCAGCAGUUCGAGGAGAAGCGCCUGCGCUUCUUCCGGGAAGUCCUGCUGGAGGUGCAGAAGCACCUGGACCUGUCGAACAUGGCCAGCUACAAAAACGUUUACCGCGACCUGGAGCAGAGCAUCAAAGCCGCCGACGCAGUGGAGGACCUGAGGUGGUUCAGAGCCAACCAUGGGCCAGGCAUGUCCAUGAACUGGCCACAGUUUGAGGAGUGGUCUGUGGAUCUGAAUCGAACUCUCAGCCGGAAAGAGAAGAAGAAGAAUGCUGAUGGUGUGACCCUCAUGGGCAUCAACCAGACUGGUGACCAGGCUUCGCAGAACAAGCCCAGCAGUGACCUUAGUGUCCCGGGAAACCCCGAACGGUCAGCGCAGUCACUGUCCAGCUACAACCCCUUCGAGGAUGAGGACGACACGGGGAGCACCGUCAGUGAGAAGGAGGACAUUAAGGCCAAAAACGUGAGCAGCUACGAGAAGACCCAGAGCUACCCCACGGACUGGUCAGACGAUGAGUCUAACAACCCAUUCUCUUCCACGGAUGCCAACGGGGACUCUAAUCCCUUUGACGAGGACACCCCCUCGGGGACGGAAGUGCGGGUCCGGGCCCUUUAUGACUACGAAGGGCAGGAGCAUGACGAGUUGAGCUUCAAGGCCGGGGAUGAGCUGACCAAGAUAGAGGACGAAGAUGAGCAGGGCUGGUGCAAGGGGCGCUUGGACAGCGGACAGGUCGGCUUGUACCCCGCGAAUUACGUCGAGGCGAUCCAGUGACGGGCCAGUGGGCUGGCUGGCGGAGGGACGGAGCGGAGGCCCAGCAGCUCUGUUAGCCGUUGGCCCCAGGCAGCGGCCCCUCCAGCCAGCCGUGCGGGCAUCCACUCCUCUUCCUGCAGAAGAUGAUGGUUCCAUUGCUCUUGGUUUCAUGCUGUCUCUUGAAGGCAGACAAGCUGGUCAUUUCACCUGGAACUCGGCCCCCUUGCCACAGUGCAGAUGGAGAGAGCCAAUCGCAGGAAGCCGCAGGACAACAGGAAUCACCGCCGCCCACCCCCCACCCCCCCACGCUGUGUGUUGGCUUAUCAUGGAUCCGUGUAUUCUUGACCUUGUCUUUCCUCCUCUCCUCCACCUUGAUGGUAACGGUGGGCUCCACUAAUCCUUGCUCCACUGACUCCUUCCUCUGACAAGUCCCAUUGCCUGCUAAAACUUAAAUGAACAAACUUACAUGCCAUUUUCUGAGUGAACACUUUGAGGUUUUUAAUUUAAAGGCUGUGUACAGUUACUUUUUUAUAUUCCCAUUCUUGCAUUCAUUUAUACUUAAAUUAUGGCAUAGGUCUAUGUCCACCAGUAGUCUUGAGGCAGUAUCUCUGUUUCCAUGCUAUUCUGUUAAUCACCCGUGCCACUGCCUGGGGCAAGAGCCUGCAGCCUGAACAGACCAUGUCUGAGGCAAGAGAUUGCAGUGGAAAGAUGGGAACACAAGGUUGGGUUUCCAUGGUGAAUGCUCUACACAUUUGGGAUGUCCAAAUGUGAGUUUUGCAAAUAACCUUAUGUAGUCCUCUUUAAAGUCGCCAUAUUCAAAAUCUAUUUUCACUCUAUUUGUUCUUAAAACUUUGCUCUUGCAAAUUAACAAUUUUAUCAGUGAUUUUUGAAAGGCUAAAAUAGAAGACUAACUUUUCAAGUGAAUGCGUCUAGAGUUCAGAUGCUCUGUAUUAGACCGUCAUGUCUUGGUGUAUAUCUGUAUAUACUAUUUGAUAUUCAGAAAAUCUAAAGAGCUCGUCUACUGUGUUCAUGAGCUUUUGACAGUGGCUUCAAUUUGUAAACUGCUUGAAGACCAUUCGGACAUAGGCCUGGCUGGCCGGCUGGGCCCAGUGGAGCCUGCCGUAGGGAAGUCUGUCCUCACGGGCCAGCUGGGAGUCCAGCGCCCUCAGUCCAGCUGGCCUUGGUCCUCUCUGUAGCAGAACACUGUAUGAAACUCCCGCGUCUUUGCAAGCAGCUGCAGAUCUCACUGUCAUCUGUGUUCCUCGUGAGCAAACAAAAGCUGGGUCUCACCCCACAGCACAAGGGUCCCUUCUGAGCACCCUGCGCCAUCAGGGAGCAGACGGGCUGGGGCAGGAGCUGCCCUGUGACCGCAGGGCCGGCGAGGGAGGGAAAACCUCUGCUCCGUGUACCAGACACGGGCGAGACGGCUGCCGCAUCACAAGCUAUGCAUUUUACUCAGUGUUUCCGGUGAGCUUGAUGUCUUGCUUGGAAAGUGGAUGUGUGUCUGUCUGUCCUGAGGAUGUGUGUCUAUCUGUCCUGGAAACUUACCAGCAGAAUCCUCAUUCCUUUGCUACAGAUGUACCAAAAAUUGUCAAGUCUUUUCAGUUUAGGAGUUUCUUUAAACGUAUAGUAUUUUAGAAAAAAAAAUAAUCAAUAAACAGUUGAUCUGGUGA